CUUUUAAUUUGAAUCCCAAUCAUGUCCUCGCUCAGCAGAGAACUCGUGUUCCUUAUACUUCAAUUCCUUGAUGAAGAGAAAUUUAAAGACACUGUUCACAAAUUGGAGCAGGAGUCGGGGUUUUAUUUCAAUUCUAGUCAUUUUGAGGAAAUGGUGACAAAUGGGGAGUGGGAUGAGGUAGAGAAGUAUCUCUCGGGGUUUACAAAGGCUGAUGAUAACAGAUAUUCCAUGAAGAUUUUUUUCGAGAUUCGAAAACAGAAAUACCUUGAAGCUCUUGACAAGCGAGAUCGUGGUAAAGCUGUGGAAAUUUUAGUGAAGGACUUGAAAGUGUUUUCAGCAUUUAAUGAGGAACUUUUUAAGGAAAUUACACAUCUGUUGACGUUGGAAAAUUUUAGAGAAAAUGAGCAGCUGUCUAAAUUUGGGGAUACCAAAUCUGCUAGAGGUAUAAUGCUUGCAGAAUUAAAAAAGUUAAUAGAGGCUAACCCCCUUUUCCGCGAUAAGCUUCAGUUUCCUACCUUGAAGAAUUCAAGACUGCGGACACUAAUAAAUCAAAGUUUGAAUUGGCAGCAUCAGCUUUGUAAGAAUCCAAGGUCUAAUCCAGACAUCAAAACACUAUUUGUCGAUCACAGUUGUGGACAACCAAACGGUGCUCGAGCUCCAUCCCCUGUCACUAAUCCUUUAAUGAGUGCCAUCCCAAAGGCAGGGAUUUUUCCUCCACUUGGUGCUCAUGGUCCUUUUCAGCCCACACCCACUGCUCUUCCUAUCUCUCUUGCUGGAUGGAUGGCUAACCCAGCACCUGUGCCUCACCCUGCAGCUUCUGCAGGACCAAUUGGACUAGCUGCACCUAAUAAUGCAGCUGCAAUCUUAAAACGCCCUAUAACUCCUUCAAUCAAUAACCCAGCUCUGGACUACCAGUCAGCAGAUUCUGAACAUGUUUUGAAGAGACCAAGGCCCUUUGGAAUGCCAGAUGAAGUCAAUAAUUUGCCUGUAAAUAUUUUGCCCGCUCCAUAUGCCGGCCAGAGUCACGGUCAAAGUUCUUAUUCUCCUGAUGACUUGCCUAAGACUGUUGUUGUGACUCUAAGUCAGGGGUCUACAGUCAAGAGCAUGGAUUUCCAUCCAGUGCAACAAAUUCUACUACUUGUGGGAACAAACACUGGUGAUAUCAUGGUUUGGAAAGUAGGCAGUGGUGAAAAAAUAGCUCAUAAAAAUUUUAAGGUGUGGGACCUGUCAUCAUUCUCGGUGCCUCUGCAGGCAUUUCUGGCGAAUGAUUAUACCGUAGCAGUUAACCGUGUUAUGUGGAGCACUGAUGGAGCUCUUUUUGGUGUUGCUUAUUCCAAGCAUAUUGUGCACAUAUACUCCUACCAUGGUGGUGAUGAUCUACGGAACCACCUAGAGAUUGAGGCUCAUGUAGGGAGUGUCAAUGAUCUUGCAUUCUCUUAUCCAAACAAACAGUUGAGCAUUGUCACAUGUGGAGAGGACAGAGUUAUUAAGGUUUGGGAUGCUAAUACUGGGGCUAAGCAGUAUACUUUUGAGGGUCAUGAAGCACCUGUAUAUUCUAUAUGUCCUCAUCACAAGGAAAAUAUUCAGUUCAUUUUCUCAACAGCAACUGAUGGGAAAAUAAAGGCAUGGUUGUAUGAUACUAUGGGUUCAAGAGUCGACUACAAUGCACCAGGCCAGUCCUCCAUAGCAAUGGCAUACAGUGCUGAUGGAACAAGGCUGUUCUCAUGCGGCACAAAUAAAGAGGGGGAAUCAUUCUUAGUGGAAUGGAAUGAAAGUGAAGGAGCUAUCAAGCGGACGUAUUAUGGUCUUGGGAAGCGAUCUGUGGGAGUUGUUCAGUUUGAUACCACAAAGAAUCGGUUCUUAGCUGCUGGUGAUGAGUUCACUGUCAAAUUCUGGGACAUGGACAAUCUUAAUUUAUUAACAAGUACUCCAGCAAAUGGUGGAUUGUCGCCUUCCCCUUGCAUUAGAUUUAACAAGGAAGGAACAUUGCUAGCUGUUUCAACUGAUGUCAACGGGGUUAAAGUCCUAGCAAAUUCAGAUGGCGUUAGGUUGCUACGGACAGUGGAGAAUCGUUCAUUUGAUGCUUAUAGAGUUGCUCCUGCUGGUAUAGUAAAGGCUCCAAAUGUUGGUACAUUUGGCCCCAACAAUGCAACUAUUGGAACAACCUUGGGUUAUCGGGCUUCAUCAGUAUUUGCUAUGGUCGGAAUGAUCAAUGAUGGUAGAAGCGCGGCUGAUAUAAAGCCCAGUAUUGCAGAUGAGUCUCUGGAGAAAUCUAGGAUCUGGAAACUUACAGAAAUAAAUGAACCAUCGCAGUGCCGCUCCUUAAGGCUUCCUGAUAGUUUGACAGCUAUGAGGAUUUCUAGACUAAUAUAUACAAAUUCUGGAGUUGCCAUAUUGGCUUUAGCAUCUAAUGCUGUGCACAAGCUUUGGAAAUGGCAGAAGAAUGAUUGCAACUUAACUGUGAAGGCCACAACUAGUGUUGUGCCACAAUUAUGGCAGCCGACAAGUGGAAUAUUGAUGACUAAUGAUAUAGGUGAUACAAAUCCUGAAGACGUUGUUCCAUGCUUUGCACUUUCAAAGAAUGAUUCCUAUGUCAUGUCAGCUUCCGGGGGUAAAAUUUCACUAUUCAAUAUGAUGACAUUUAAGACGAUGACAACAUUCAUGCCCCCACCACCCGCAGCUACGUUCCUUGCAUUUCAUCCUCAGGACAAUAACAUCAUUGCCAUAGGAAUGGAUGAUUCAUCAAUCCAAAUUUACAAUGUUCGGGUGGAUGAGGUGAAAACAAAGUUGAAAGGUCAUCAGAAAAGGAUAACAGGCCUUGCAUUCUCUAAUACUCUAAAUGUGCUUGUUUCGUCAGGAGCCGACAGUCAGCUGUGUCUCUGGAGCAUGGAUGGAUGGGAGAAACAAGCAUGCAGGUUAUUGCAAAUCCCAAACGGGCAAGCACCGUCUCCUCAUGCAGAUACUCGUGUUCAAUUUCAUCUGGAUCAGACACAUUUGCUGGCAGUUCAUGAAUCACAGAUAUCCAUAUUUGAAGCAUCGAAACUAGAAUGUCUAAAGCAGUGGGUCCCUCGAGAAGCAAGUGGUGCCAUCACACAUGCGACGUACUCCUGUGACGGCCAAUCCAUAUACGUGAGCUUUGAAGAUGGAGGUGUGGGCGUUCUCACUGCUUCGACAUUAAGAUUGAGAUGUCAAAUACGUUCAGCCGCAUAUUUACCUCCCAACCCAAGCAUGAAAGUUUAUCCACUUGUCCUUGCGGCUCAUCCAUCGGACCCAAAUCAAUUCGCUUUGGGACUAACAGACGGUGGAGUCCACGUCAUCGAGCCUUUGGAGUCCGAAGGUAAAUGGGGCACCUCUCCUCCAGUUGAAAAUGGCGCCGGACCAAGUUGCACAUCUGCUCCAAAUGGCUCAGAGCCACCCCAACGGUGACCAGUCCAUGAACAAGUGGUUUACACAGUACGAUCUCUCCCGAAGCUAUCCUGGACCGCCCCGAAUGGUAUAGUUGAUCAGAAUUACGUUAAUGUGAUUUUCGAGUGGAAGCCGGGCACGAGGCGGCAAAGGCAUAGUGUUUCAUUGAUUCCAUUAUUUGUUGAGGAUUGUUUGUAAAUUUAGGAGUUGGUGAGUGGAGAAGGUGCUGACUAUAUAUACAUAUAUAGAC